AUGACUCUUAUUCUUCCCAUUUAUUAUUGUCAAAUAGAUUUUCAAACGAUUUGUCAAGCCGGUAUUCGACAAGACAAUACAAAUUAUAUACAUUGUGGUCGUAAACAAUUAAAUGAAAUUCCAAAUUUUUCUCGUACAACAAAUACAUUUUAUGAUGAACUUGUUUUAAAUGAUAAUCAAAUAAUUGAAAUACGUCAUAAUGCAUUUCAAGGUUUACGUGUAAAACGUUUAAAUUUAUCAGGAAAUAAAAUACGUUCAAUAGAUAUUCGUGCAUUUAUUGAAUUAGCAAAUUAUCUUGAAGAAUUAAUUAUUGAAUUUGAUUCAAAUAUUCUUCAUAAUAUACCUGAUGCAAUUAAAUUAAAUUUAAUUAAUUUACGUUCAUUAAAAUUAAUAAAUCUUAAUAUAACAAUAAUAAAAAAUAAUACAUUUAUUAAAUAUCGUAAAUUAGAAGAAUUAUCUAUAAUAAAAUCUAAUAUAAAAUAUAUUGAAUCAAAUGGUUUUAAUUCAUUAAAUAAUUUACGUUCAUUACAUCUUGAUCAAAAUCAAUUAACAGAUAAUAUAUGGUUUGUUUUAAAAAAAUUUCUAAAUAAUUUAGAAAUUUUAACAUUAAGUCAAAAUAAUUUAAAUACAUUAAAAGAAAAUUUUUUAUUAAAAAAUUUAAAAAUUCUUGAUUUAUCAUCAAAUGGUAUACAAAUAAUAGAAAAAAAUUUUUUUGAAAAUAUUCAAUUUAUUGAAAAAGUUUAUUUACAAAAUAAUGAAAUUAAUUCAUUACAAUUAACAUUUUUAACAAUAUUAAAUAAUUUAAAAGAAUUAAAUUUAGAUUUUAAUCGUUUAACAUUUUUACCAGAAAAUUUAUUUCAAUUUAAUACGAAACUUAUUUAUUUAUCAUUACAAGGAAAUGAUUUAAAUUAUUUAACAAAUAAAUCAUUUCGUGGUUUAAAUAAUUUAAUUUAUUUAAAUUUAGCACGUAAUCGUUUACAAUUUCAUAUUAAUCAACAACCAUUUCAAGAUUUAAAUUCAUUAGAAAUAUUAAAUUUAGAUCGAAAUUUAUAUUUAAAUUUAUCAAAAUUUAUUUUUUCUGGUUUAAAAACAAAUUUAAUUGAAUUAUCAUUACAAAAUUACAAAAAAAAACAUUUUUUGACACUUGAAAAUUGA